AUGUCACCUUCGCUCCCAGCAACACAAAAGGCCCUCAAAUGCUUCGGCCCCAAGUCGGCCAAAGUCGUCAAUGAUGCUCCCAUCCCAACAUGUCCUGAUGACUACAUCUUGGUGAAAGUCGAAGCAGUGGCUUUGAACCCAACUGAUUGGAAGCAUAUCGACCUGAUCGCAAAGCCGGACUACCAUCAUACCGUCGGCUGCGAUUAMGCCGGGACUCUAGUCUCCAUUGGAUCAUCUGUUACCAAGAAGUUCAAGGUAGGCGAUCGGAUUACUGGCUUUGCACAUGGAAGCAAACAUGAAGAUCCAGAAUCCGGCUGUUUCGCCGAGUACGCAAAGGCCAAGGGUGAUAUAACAAUCAAUAUCCCGGACGGCAUCAGUUUCGAAGAGGCCGUCACAUGGCCCACAGGAAUCAAUACAGUAGGUCAAGGCAUGUAUUCUCAUGAUGGCCUCCAACUUCCCUGGCCGAACAGUCCUUCCACAGAAAAGUUGCCGGUCCUGAUUUACGGAGCAUCAACAAAUACUGGUCUUUGGGCUGUCCAGUAUGCGAAGCUCAGCGGCCUACGGGUAUUGGCGACGUGCUCCGAGAAGAACUUCGAGGCUGUGAAAGAACUAGGUGCAGACGAGCUCUUCGACUACCGGGAUGAAAAGUGUGGCGAGAAGAUCAAGGAGGCUACAAAGGGCCAGCUUAAGUACGCCUUCGAUUGUGUGUCUGAGGGAAACAGUAAAGAUAUCUGUGCAGCAGCCCUUAGCAGCGAGGCGGGAGCACGAUACGGCGCUCUGCUUCCCGUCGAGUUCCCUCGCAGUGAUGUCAAGACUACCUUCACACUCGGAUACUCCGUCAAUGGCGAAGAGUUUUCGUUCUUUGGCAACAAGAUCGAAGCCAAGCCGCAGGAUUUCGAGUUUGGUAGGAAGUGGUGGUCGUUGGCAGAAGAUCUGCUUCGGGAUGAGAAGAUCAAGGGUACCCCGACUGUGAGAUCCGGAGGACUGCAGGGUGUUCUUGAGGGUUUCGAAGAUUUGAAGAAUGGGAGAGUUAGUCGGCAGAAGCUGGUUUACCGUGUACAGGAUACGGCUUGA